AUGAAACACACACCACCACCUCUGCUUUUCCCAGUAAGCUCCUGUGACCUGUCCGCGCGGUGCACGGAGAACCCCAGUAGUUGUAUUGCGGAGUCCGGUACCUUGUCCGAUAGCCAGGUUUCUGUGAGGCAGAUCACGGAGCAGUCACGCAUCUCUCGCUGGAAUGAGAUCCGUGCCCGAAGCUCGCACAGCUUGUUCUCCAGAGACUGCACAUUAGCCAGUAAUAAACUGGGUAACGGUGGUCUGUUGGUAAGCCUUCUCAGUCGAAUCAGAACGCCAGAUCUUCUCCCUCUGCGUCAGCGUUUGCGGCCUCCAGGGCCAGAGAACAAAGGCGUCUCAGUAAGAACAAAGCACGGGAGGAGAGACGUCAGUACUGAACCCAUCAGCAUCAUCCACCUUCAUGUUGUUCCUCCAGAGAAGAAAACCAUCAAAGUUAAGUCUGGACAGGACGUCACUCUGACAUGUCGAGCUUCAAACAACAAGAUCAAAUCUGUACAUUGGAGCAGAGCUGACCUGACAGAUGGAUAUGUUCUUUUGUAUCAGGAUGGUCAGUUUGUUCCAGAUCACCAGCAUCCAUCUUUUAAGAACCGGGUGGAUCUCCAGGACAGACAGAUGAAGGAUGGAGACGUGUCUUUGAUUCUGAACAAUGUGAAGAUUAAUGAUGCUGGAACAUACGGGUGUCGUGUUUUCAUUGAAGAAACACGCUCAUGGAAGAACAGCAUCAUCAUCCACCUGACUGUUGUUGAUCCUCCAGGUCAGAAAAGCAUCACAGCUGAGUCUGGACAGGACGUCACUCUGACAUGUCGAGCUCCAAACAACAACAUCAGAUCUGUACACUGGAGCAGAGAUGACCUGGGUAAAUGA